UCCCGCCCGCAGCCCCGCGCCCCGCGCCCCGCGGCCCCUCCGCGCCCUCUUCACCCUCCUCGCCUCUCUCCGCGCCGGGCCAUGUCGCCGCGGGGCUCCCGGGGCCCGCUGCCGGUCCUGCUGCUGCUGUGGGCGCUGGCGGCCUGCGAGGCGCGGGCCUCCGAGAUCACGUUCGAGCUGCCCGACAACGCCAAGCAGUGCUUCUACGAGGAGAUCGCGCAGGGCACCAAGUGCACCCUCGAGUUCCAGGUGAUCACUGGAGGUCAUUAUGAUGUUGACUGUCGGUUGGAAGAUCCUGAUGGCAUUGUACUGUACAAAGAGAUGAAGAAACAAUAUGAUAGCUUCACAUUUACUGCAUCCAGAAAUGGAACAUACAAGUUCUGCUUCAGCAAUGAGUUCUCUACUUUCACACACAAAACCGUGUACUUCGAUUUCCAGGUUGGAGAGGAUCCACCUCUGUUUCCUAGUGAGAACAGAGUAACCGCACUUACCCAGAUGGAGUCUGCGUGCGUUUCAAUUCACGAAGCUUUGAAGUCUGUCAUCGAUUAUCAGACUCACUUCCGCCUGAGGGAAGCACAGGGCCGCAGCAGAGCAGAGGAUUUAAACACAAGAGUGGCUUACUGGUCAAUAGGGGAAGCAAUCAUUCUGCUUGUUGUUAGUGUUGGGCAGGUAUUCCUCCUGAAAAGCUUCUUCUCGGAUAAAAGAACCACAACAACGCGCGUUGGGUCGUAACCAGUAGCAGCAAUGCUUCAGGUGUGUUACUCAUUAAGAUUAGCGGUUCUCCAAUUAACUGUAGGUACAGAGGUCUGAAUAUAUG